AUGUCCCUUCUCCAGAAUGAAGAUUUCACAAUAUGGCAACUACGGACCUCAUAUCUCUCAAUAAUCAAGGACGGUAUUGGCGAUCGACUCAUCAAUGUUAACAAUUCCGUGCUGAAUACUCCUGGCUUUCGCGCGGCUGGUUGGCUCCCCACAUCUGCGAAUCCAACUUCCCAAGAAAGCGGCUCUCUCAUUAAGCGGACAUAUUCACCUCCUAUUCCAACUACUGCUGCUGUCGCAUCCGAGUAUUAUCAAUUUGCCAGACACAAUGCAAGAGAGUUGCACGACGGGGACGGGCUCAGCAUCGACGAUGGUGAAGAAGACGAGGGUGGAAUGGUGACUGGCGGAGGUGGAGGGAGUACCUAUACGUUUGGAGUUAAGCAUCAUGGAAAACCUGCUCGCAAAAACAGACGCCGGGAUCGACAAAAUCAAAUUGCUGAGCGGCCAGGGCAAGGCGAAGACGAAGACAGCAGUGACCUGAGCGAUGAGAGUGACGAUGAAAGUGACGUUACAAGAGCCGCACAACAGAUCAAGUUUUCGAAGAUGCCGGUGCGAACCAGAACAGGAUCCCUACCUCUUCAUGACGGUCGAGAUGCCUCGGAAGAAGCACCAGCUUUGGACGCUGGUGAUGCUGUAGAUCGUACAUACCGGCGAAGCUCAGUAGGCGCUGUUGGUUCGGCUCAGGGACGGCCGCGAGGUGAUACGGUAACCAGCAGUGACAUGUCUGAAGGUGACAAUCCUGCUCUUUUCAAGCGUCGACAAAUUCAGUUUUCCUCUCAGCAUCAGGUUAUCGAAGAGCCGGCAGAUGAUGUCCAGGAAAAUAGCGAAGCUCACUCGGCAGAUAUUAAUGAUCAAGACGAGGAUUUUGUCGAGGGCUCUGCGGAUUCAGACCUAUUGUCGGAUUUUGGAGUCACAGCAGGAUCGGCAUCUCUUCUUGCAGAUGUUGCCUUGAAUGCCACAUUAGACUCUUCUCCAGCCAUAAUGCAUAAGUUACCGAACGCAAGCUCUCAUGGUGCAUCGCCUAGGAAGACCAAAGUGUCCACUCCUGGGUUGCAAGAUUUGCCUCCUCCUCGUCCUAUCAGUACUCUGCAGCCGGUGAGCCUGCUGUCUAAAGAGUUGAAUGCUCGAAAAGCCGUUCCCAGCAACCCCGUUGAGAAAUUUGCAUCUCUUUGGGGUGGAGAUUCUACUACAGCUUUGAACAUAAAGAUUUAUGCGCCCUUUUCCGAAGAUCCCGAAACACCAUUCAAUAUGCCCAUAUUUCGCGAAACCCGCGAUCAAGAUCGUAUUGGCCCUGUCACCGUCGCAGAUGCCAUUGGGCUAGCACUCUGGAGAUAUAUCAAAGAUGGCUUGAAGCCUGCUAUUGAACGCAGUAAACUUAAUGUCAAUCGGUGGACAUUGCGAAUGGUCGAAGACGGUGAAGUGGACUUUGACUUUCCAGCCCUGGGCCGCCACCUACCUUUGGCCGACUUCACGUCAAACAACAAUCGCUCUGCAGGAAUGCGUGGCCGUUCGAGGGGUAAACAGUAUGACGAGUUCGCAUUGGUGGAAGCUACGGAUGCAGAAUUUGCAGAAUAUUCCCGUCUGUAUCCCAAGUUUAAUCCAGAGCCUGUUGCUGAGACUAUUGAAGCCAGUUCAACUCCACAUACUCCUGGAAACGGCACAGCGCAAAACAAGCCUGUCCCUUCUGCGGCGAGAUUAAAUCCUAUCCUGCAGCCAUUUUCAUCUGCGCUGAACGACAACACGUUGACACCGGCCGAUAUGCCAGCACCUACAUCUCAUGCUACACCCCGCUUAGGUGUGCAGAAAACGUUGAAGGUUCGAUUCGUUAAUCUUGAAGGUUCUACACAGAUAACAACAGUGAACACUGCUACCGAUAGCUACAUUGCUGAGAUUCUGGAUUCCGUCUGUAAGCGAUGGGGCCUUGACAAGGGAAAUUAUCUACUCAAAGUACAAGGGACCAACACCAUUGCACCCCUAGAUCGUACUGUGGAAGUUCUAGGCAACGUGUCCGAACUUGACGUCAUUCGUCGACGCUUUGGAGCUGUUGCUUCAUUAGCUGGGUCUCCAGGGAGUGCCUCCCCCAACGCGCCGCUUCAAAUCAGCAGUUCAAACCUAGGACAUGCAAAGAAAGGCAAAAGGGGCCAUCAGAUGCUACACCCACUUGCGCAACCUCAGAAGCAAGAUUUGGUGGGUGGGUAUUAUCGGCGAUACUACGUCUAUCGCAAACAAUCCAUGUCUUUCACGGCGUCGAACCAGAGAGUCCUUGUUCUUGACAAUGAUUAUUUACACGUCAUGCCGGGCGAAACUGCCAAGGGCGUAUUUGAUACCACUGGAAAGACGCGGUCAAUCAACUUCAAUGACAUCGUUGGUACCAAGGUGAGCAGAAGACAUCCCAAGAGUUUCUCGGUAGUCGUUCUCCGAGGCACAGACGCGCACGAGCAAAAACGAUAUGACUUUGAAGCUCGCAAUGAGGCCGAGGCAGCAGAAAUUGUCGGGGAGAUAAAGAAGAACAUGGAGCAGUACCGGGUGUGGUAA